CAUCACAUUUUUAGUUAAGGGUUACCUCUGUUCCUUGGUGUCAAAUGAAAUUUGUGUUCAUAUAUUUUGAUGAAAAACUUGUCUCAAUUUAUUGCAAGUGAACCAUUAUUACGCUACUAAAAAGGCCUUUGUUACAAAGCAAUAGGAGGAAAUAUGCCUGCGUAUCAUUCUUUGAUUAAAGACUAUUCUCAAUCAGUGGGAAAUAUGGCAAUUCUCCCGUUGAGAACUCAAGCCCGCGGCCCGGCUCCUACUAAUGCCAGUAUUGACCAGGACAUCAUCGACGAGUCGCUUUACUACUUUAAAGCCAACGUGUUUUUUCGUACAUAUGAAAUUAAAUCAGAAGUUGAUCGAGUACUGAUCUAUAUUACACUUUACAUAACGGAGUGUCUCAAACGAUUGCAACGUUGCUCUAACAAAAACCAAGGUUUGCAGGAAAUGUACACUCUGGCGAUUUCUAAAUUUGACAUACCGGGCGAAGCAGGUUUUCCGCUGAAUGCGGUUUAUGCAAAGCCAUCCACACCCACGGAGGUGGAUUUAAUGAAGCAGUAUUUACAGCAACUUCGCCAAGAAGUGGGCAUCAGGGUGUGUGAAAAAGUAUUUUCCGGGGAGGAUGGAAAACCCAGCAAAUGGUGGCUUUGCUUUGCCAAGAAAAAGUUCAUGGAUAAGUCGCUCUCUGGACCAGGGCAGUAAUCGAUCGAAGAAAUAAUCGCUUACAGGUAACAAGUAUUUCCAAUCUAAAUGUAUCAAACAUCAUUAAAAUAUAUAUUCAGCUGAAAAA